AUGACCACUAGUGAUACUGAAGAAACACAGAAACUCACCAAUCUAUCCGACUUGAAAGGAUACAAAACAACAUCACGUACCUACUCUGGAGACGGUGGAAUAAUUACAUCUCCCACACCCGACGUUUAUAAGCCUGAUGACGACAAUGACAAUGACAAUGACAAUGACGAAAAGAACAACUUGGAACCAUUGAAUUUUGAAGGGGGGAAACAGGAGUUUAUCCAGAGCGAAAAGUAUGUAGACGACACUACGUCGCUGGAGUUUGACAUGAUAGAACUUGAGGCAAACGAUGCAAUCCUCCACCACAAGAUGAAACUCAUCAAUGACGCUAUUGACGAGAUUGGGUUCACCCCAUACCACUUGAAAUUGUUUUUCCUUAAUGGAAUGGGAUACUGGACAGACACACAGUUGACAUACUUAGAAAGUACAGUGCGUACAUUCAUCAACUACCAGUUUGGGUACAAGUUCCCUGUAAGUGCAGAAUGUUAUGCUGGUGGAAUGAUCCUCGGUGCCAUUGUGUGGGGAUUUGGAGCGGAUCUUAUAGGAAGAAAACUCGCAUUCAACUUGUCACUUUUGUUAUCGGCCAUUUUCACCAUUAUGACCGGUAUGAUGGGUAAUAUGGCAAGCUACUGUUUGUUUGUGCUUCUUUCGGCUUUUGCUGCUGGUGGUAACUUGGUUCUUGAUACGUGCGUGUUUUUGGAAUAUUUACCGCAUAAGAAUCAAUGGCUCUUGACUUUUUUUGCCUUGUUCUGGGGUGUGGGACAGACAGUUGCCGUGGCUUUGGGAUAUGCUUUCUUACCAAACAACAGCUGCGAAUCGUAUGAUAAUUGUCCCUCAGAGUCUAACCACGGUUGGAGAUAUGUCUGGUACACCAAUGGAUGCAUUGUUCUCGCCAUGGCUAUAUUGCGUGUUACCGUGAUUCGUUUAAAGGAAACACCCAAGUUCCUUAUUGUUAACAAUAGAGAUGCCGAAGCAGUCCAAGUGCUCCAGGAAAUUGCAACAAAGUAUAAUCGAAAAUGCUCCCUCACGGUUGAACAGUUGGCACAGUAUGGAAAUAUCGAGUCCAAUGAGGAUUUCCGCAAAUCAUUCGACUUGCGUGGUCUUUUGCGCCUCAGCUUCAAGCAUCUCAAAUUGCUAUUCGCCACACGCAAAGCAGUCAGAUCUACAGUGCUUUUAUUUAUCUCGUGGGCAUUUUUGGGUAUCUCGUAUCCAUUAUAUUCUUCAUUCCUUCCACAGUAUCUCGCGACCCGUGGUGCAAAUAUCUCAGCCGACACCAUUGGCGGUGUGUAUCGCGAUAAUUUGAUUGCCAACGUGUGUUCUAUUGGUGGUCCCAUCAUUGCUGCCGCAUUGCUUUUGUUUAUACCUCGCCUCGGACGUCGUGGUGUUUUGUUUAUUGGGGGUAUAUCAACAAUGGCCUUGUUGUUUGGUUACACUGCGGUUCGUACGAGAGGCCAAAAUGUGGGGCUCACAUCAAGCGUUUAUUGUUGUCUCUACAUUUAUUAUGGGGUCAUUUACGCAUACACUCCAGAGGUUAUGCCUUCAGCAGCAAGAGCCACGGGUAAUUGUCUCUGUUUAUUUGCAACAAGAAUAUGUACUGCCAUGGUGCCCAUAAUUGCCUACUAUUCUAACACCUCGAGUUCAGUGCCGAUUUGGAUCUGUGGUGCAUUUGUGGGAGUGAUUGGAAUCAUUGCCUUGUUCUUGCCCUUUGAGCCUAGUAAGCAAAGAGUAGUGUAA